GGUUGUAGUGUGGCCUGUAGAUUAUCACUGUGACAUGACCUGCAUGUCACGUCUGAGUUCUCUGAGACAUUUGAGAGAUAGAUCUACAGUACUGUACUGUGACAUGCACCUCUGAGUUCCCUCUGAGAUCUAGAUCUACUCACUGCUGCUACUCUAUACUGGUGUCUGAGUACAGUGUGUCUGACAAUAUUCAUCUUCACAUCCAACCUUUACCUAUACCAGAGUAGAUCUAUCUCUGAUCCAACCAUCUCUCUGUACUGGAACUGAAACAUGGACAACAAAACUGAAUCUGGAGUACCUUCUGUGAUCCGAGUUGGUUCCCGCUCUAGUGAGCUAGCCAUGAUCCAGACACGAACCAUAAUUUCUGCUCUCUCAGCUCUCUAUCCCACAAUUAACUUUGAGGUGAUUACCAUGAAAACGAUAGGAGACAAGAUCCUCGACAAAGCACUUCCGAAAAUCGGACAAACAAACCUGUUCACUAAAGAGCUUGAAAUUGCUCUUGCAGCCAACCAAAUCGACAUGAUCACCCACUCGCUCAAGGACCUUCCCACAACUCUCCCUCCCAACAUGCAGAUCUCUGUGAUAUACAAACGAGAUAACCCCACAGAUGCAGUUGUUUUACACCCUAAACACAAGGGCCUCAGGAUUGACACACUGCCAAAAGGUAGUAUUAUCGGAACUAGCUCACUCAGGCGUAUCGCAUUUCUCAAAAGAAACUACCCUGAUCUGAUAUUUCAAGAUAUUCGUGGAAAUCUGAACACUCGACUAAGAAAACUGGAUGAAGGUGAUGGAGACAUAACAUAUGACGCCAUUGUUUUGGCGACUGCUGGUCUCGUAAGAAUGGGGUGGCAAAAUAGACUCUCACAUGAGCUUGACACGACGGUGUGUAUGUACGCCGUGGGACAAGGAGCUCUUGCUGUGGAGACUCGCUCAGAUGAUGAUGUCAUUAACAAGCUUCUUUCUCCAUUGAAUGACCCGUGCACGGUUGCUUGCUGUACUGCAGAAAGAGCUCUGCUGCAUUCGUUGGGUGGGGGGUGCAGUGUGCCCGUGGGGACUUGCUCGAGCAUUGAUCCAGACAACCACACCUUGUGUAUUGAUGGAGCGGUGUUGUCUCUAGAUGGCAAAGACCUAGUCAAAGACGUCGUUACCUUUGUCCUUCCUAUUAGUUAUCGAGAGCUUGGCUUCUCUGAGUUGAGUGGUAUUGUGACCAAGAUUGGGUAUGAUUUGGCAGAUAAGCUACAAGAGAAAGGUGCCGGACCAGUUUUAGCCAAAGCCAAGGAAUAUAUUGAAGCAGUAGCCAAGUAGGCCUAGUUAACUGCAUAGACACAGGUCUCAAAUUUAUUUUGUUCACGAAUCUUUGAUUCACUGUAACAUAAAUAUUACUGAUUGUUAAAUAUAUUAUUUUUUAUGUACAUGUA